GGUUCUCCGGCGGCGGCGCUGUCUGUGUUUACCUCCCAGCCCAGCGCUGCUGUACGGGGGCCAGCUGGACACCAACCACCAUCCCAACAGCCUCAACCAGCCCGAACAAACAACUAAUGUAAGCGGCCUCCGCCUUCAAUCCUUCGCGGAUUCCCUUUGCAGCGCCGUGCGUUAGUGACACCGUGAACAAAAAGUUGUGAUGAAUAAGGAAAUCAUGUCACGUGUGGUGAAGAAGAGGCAGGCGGACCCCAAAGUGGUCCAGUAUGUGUGGGCGGCCAUCGAGGUCAUCCGCAACCAGAAACAAAUUGCAAACAUGGACAGGAUCUCCAAGUACCUGAGCCGUGUGUUUGGCAUGCACCCUAAGGAGACUGCCAGACAGCUGAGCUUGGCCGUGAAGGACGGCCUGGUGGUGGAGACCCUGACCGUUGGCUGCAAGGGCUCCAAAGCCGGCAUCGAGCAGGAAGGAUACUGGUUACCCGGGGAUGAGAUGGAGCCGAAAGCCGAGGGGAGCAAGGCAGUGUUGGAAAUCACUGAGCAGGACAGCUUAAUGGAGUGGGAGACGGAGAGCCACGACUGGUACUGCUUCGAGUGUCACCUACCGGGCGACGUCCUCACGUGUGACAACUGCUUCCGGGUUUAUCACCUCAAGUGUCUGUCGGAGGAGUUCAAGCCCAGAGACGGAGGAUCCCACUGGCAGUGUGUCGUCUGCAGGGGAAGUAAAAAGAAGAACCUGAACAAACAGGAGAUGAGUAAAUACCUGCGCUUCAUCGUCCAGCGUAUGAAGGAGAGGGCAGUGGACCUGAACAAGAAGGGCAAAGACACUAAACAUCCGAUGUACAAAAGGCUGAUCCACACUGCGCUGGACGUCUCAAACAUCCAGGAGAAUUUGACUGAAGGAAAAUAUAAAACCUUUGAGGAGUUCAAAGCAGACGCUCAGCUGAUUGUUCACAACACCGCCAUCUUGUAUGGAGUUCACAGCGACCAGGCAGAGAUUGCACGGCUGCUCUUCAGCGACACAUGCCACGAGUUGAAUGAGUUAUUGUUGUGUAAGAACUGUUUCUACCUGUCGAACGCCCGGCCAGACAACUGGUUCUGUUAUCCCUGUAGCCCCAACCACGACUUGGUGUGGGCCAAGAUGAAAGGAUUUGGCUACUGGCCGGCCAAAGUCCUUCAGAGGGAGGACAACCAGGUGGACGUACGCUUCUUUGGCCACCAGCACCAGAGAGCGUGGAUCCCCGCGGACAACAUCCAGGACAUCAAGGUGAGCGUUCAGCAGCUGCAGGUGAAGCGCAGCAACGGCUGGAAGAAGGCGUGCGAGGAGCUGGAGGUGUACCAGCGCUUCCUGAGGGAAGGACGCUUCUGGAAAACAAAGAUGGAGGACGCCAACAUGCCACACCAGCAUCUCCAGCAGAACCAGAACCAGAGCCAGAACCAGAGCCAGAACCAGAGCCAGAGCCAGAGCCAGAGUCAGAGUCAGAGUCAGAGCCAGAGCCAGAGCCAGAACCAGAACCAGCGGCAGCAGCAGCAGCAGGGCAGCGGGAGGACGGACAGGCUGGAGCGGACAGACGAAGCCGAGUCCAGCAUCUCCUCCACCAGCAAUGAGCAGGUCCGACAUGUAAGUUGGCUCAAAGGCAGCCAGGAGCCCAAGGCUAAGAAAAGUCGUCGAUCUCAAAUGGUCGAGCCCAAAGAAGAAGUCAGUCGUCUCCCAUCCUCUCCUCCCCGCCAGGACCCGGAGCCCGAGAUGGAGGCGGUCAGCUCCAGCCAGGAGAUCCCCGUGUCCUCGGCGCCGCAGCAGCCGGAGAAGCUGUCUGUUUCCACGCAGACCAAGAAGGCCAACGGAGGGUCGCCACGCACGCUGCACCGCGGCACACAGACCAACAGCGACGGCGCCUGCCAGAACAUGUGCCACGAGAAGUACACAAAGGUCUUCAAUGACGUCAAGGAGAUGAUGAAGGCGGACAACAAGAGGGAGACGGAGAGGGUGGUCAGAGAGGCUCUGGAGAAGCUCCGGGCCGAGAUGGAGGAGGAGAAGCGCCAGGCGGUGAGUAAGGCGGUGGCCAGCGCUCAGGCGGAGAUGGAGAGGAAGUGUAAGCAGGUGAAGGAGAAGUGUAAAGAGGAGCUGGUGGAGGAGGUGAAGAAGCUGGUGGCCCAACACAAACAGCUCAUCUCCCAAACCAAGAAGAAGCAGUGGUGUUAUAACUGCGAGGAGGAGGCCAUGUACCACUGCUGCUGGAACACUUCGUACUGCUCCAUCAAGUGUCAGCAGGAGCACUGGCACGCCGACCACAAACGAACCUGCCGCAGGAAGAGAUGAACGAGCCCCGCCCCCCAUUGGCUCUCGCCCUCUCCUCCUCCCGUCAGUCAGUGUCUACAGCGCACGCACACACACACACACACACACACAGACACACAGACACACACAGACUCACCUCCCUCCUGCUUCUCUUCUUGCCUUCCUGAAAACUUUGUGGACCCGAUGUUUUCUGCGUGAAAAGAGCAAUUUGUUCUUUCUUUUUUUAUUUUUACAUUUUGUUUUUAUUAUUUAACGUACCCAUUGUAUUGAGUUCUUUCUUUCUAUAUCUUCUGUUUUCUCUCUGAAUCGUGGACAGAUUGCUCGAGGGCACGGCUCAAAACGCGGAGUUGAUUUUGUGACUUUUGAUUUUUGUUUUUUUUUUCUUUUCUUUUACUGAAGUGCUAAUUUUUUGAGCUUGUGUGUCGGAGAAUGUGUUAUUUAAGUGUUUAGUAACUGAUGAGCAUUAACUGAAUACAUUUUAUUACCUGAAUUUUUAAACAAAACAAACAAAAAAAAAAUCACUUUUCUUACUGUAAAUGCAACAAAUACACACCGUCGAUCUUACAGAAAAAGGAAAACAUACCGUAAAGUACCAUCGCAGCGUUCAACUAGCUCGGCUUUCAUAGAGAAAACCUAUUAAAUAAAAAAAACGACAAAAAACUGCAUAUGAUCUUAAAUAGUGGACGACAUGACUCACAGACGUUAAUAUAUAUUUUGCGGUGGAUAGCACCUUUUAUCAUUUCUACCUAAAAUGUCCUUAAGUCACUUAUUGGGAACAGGGUCACGAGGUCGGCCUUAAAAGACGCCGACAAAAUAAAUCUUCCAUGUACUAUUAUUAUUAUUAUAAUUAAUAUUAUUAUGCACAUUUUUUUUUUUUUUUUUACGAGACUGUAAUUUUUAUGAGUCGGAUAGCGAGAAAGAAACUUUUUAAUUUGUUCUAAAUUGGGGAAAUGUACAGCAAUCCUUACUGAGCUGGAUCUUAGAGAGGUUCCAUGAUUUGACAGUUUUUUCCACUUUUUUUUUUUUUGCACACUUUUCCUUAACAACCCAAAUGCUUGUAAUAUUGCCAAAAGAAACUCUGACAUUUAGUUGAACCUAUCAGAGAUCUCCCUCGUCUUCGCUCUCGCAACCCGAACGUUUGCGAACGUUUUCUCGAGCGUCACCGGCGUCGUUUUUUUCUAGCGACGUGCACUCGAAAUCCUCCUCCUCCUUUUUUUUUUUUAAUCCUGAAGGGAACUCGCUGUGAGACUCUUUCACUGCUUAUGCUGUAGUUGGUGGUCAGUGCCUGUCUCUCUUUCUUUUCUCAUCCUCUUCCUCCCAGUUCAUGCAUGUUGAUAGUUUCAUAGUUUGUCUUUUUUUAUCAUUACGGUAAAACAAAAAAACAUAAAAAAAAUAAAGAAGACCAGAAGCUCGCUGGUGUCUAAUAAGCAGUGACGACGGAUGGACCAAUAUAAAACAUUAUGCAAAUGUGAAUGAUCAAAUUAAUCUUUUCUAUAGUUCUCCCUGCGCUGGAUGUCGAGUGUCGAUGGUGUAUAAAUAUGGUGCUUGGAGUCUUUUCUCUCUUUUCAAAGGGGCAAUAAAAUUGCCAGUUUUUUUUAAUUUUCUUUGAGAAGUGUGACGCUUUUAAAAUUUGUUGACUGUUUCCUCAGUUAUGAAGAUUGACUGAACGGAGGAAAAAACUUCAGUAACUCUGUACAGACGCUGUUUUUAAACCCACAGAUUGCUGUUUAUAAGUUUGUGCUUCUGCUAUCGUGUGGCAAAUAAAAUACCGUAAAUUCUCUCACAGUGGGCAGCGCCUUUAAUCAGGUUCCGUACAGAGAACCACUUUAUAUCCAGCUCCUCUUAUUGUGAAAGUCCUGCUGCUUCUUUUUACUGUAAGUGGAAAAACUUCCUUCAUCAGUUCAGGCGGUCGCACACAGUUUAUCUGCGAUAUCUUCACUGUUGUGGGAAAUAGGGCUUCAACAAAGUAUUGUUUUUACAAAAUCGAUUAAUCUCUUAAUCCUAGUCAGUUGUUUGGUCCACAAACCCCAAAAAAAUAUUCACAUUUCAGAAGCUGAAAUUAAAGAAUUUGGAUGUUUUUUUUCUUUAGAAAUUCCUCAAAACGAUCAAUAAAUGAUCUAAAUAGUGUGAGAUGAAUUUAACAGUUGGCAGCUAAUGGUUGUAAAUGUUAGCAGUUGGUACAGGAGGAAAAAUCUAAUUAUUCUUCCAGGAAAUAAUGUAAAUACAUCCACCAACGGAUAUCGACAGAAUAAAUCCCCAAACUACAGGCAAACUGAAUAAAGUACGUAAUAUUUACUAAGAUCUGUUUACUGUUUGCAGUUAGUUCACGAGGAAUCAACGCGCUGUAAGAUGUGAAACUAGGACUUCAUUAUGCAACUGCCAGUUAACCUCCACUGAGUUCAGACUGAAACUAAUGAUCCAAUAUGUAAUGUAAUAAUAAUAAUAGUCUGUUCGACACCCAGAUCCUCACAUUUGAGAAGCUGGAAGCAUUUAUUCGCUUGUUCACUGAUUCACUGUUCAUUUAUCCGUUAUCAAAAUGUUCUCUCGAUCAAACUUACUAAUCAAUGAACCGACGGUUUGAGUCUACCUUUAACCCUGGAAGGCUCUUAUUUUGAAGCAUGUACAGGAAGUGUUGACUUGAAUAAACGACGAAGAGGAGAAGAGACAUCGGGCAAUAUGUUGGUAGCUGGUGGAACAUUACUGUUGUACACAAACACACAAUACGAUCAUCAUCGUUUGAAUCUGUCCACUUUUAGAGGAUUUACGGUAACCGUUGUUCCAGACUUUCACCCACUCGUCUCUGAGUCUUUCUUUUGGAAACUCAUUUAAGUGUAUCACUUUAAGAUGUAACAUGUUAUUGUACAGUUCAGCCGCAGUUUGACGUCUCUCCUCGGAUCUAUUUUAAUAUCGGAUUUCUGAAAAGAGGUCUUUUAAAAAUGUUCUCGUUGUGUUUCCACACCUCCGCAGGCUUUAAGGGUCAAACCGUCUGUUUCUAUUAUUUUUUUUUUAAUCAUCAUUGCACUACAUGUAAAUAAAAAGCUCAUCCUGUCAAUAUCUCCUCCCUCAUAUUAUAUGCACAUUGUAAAUUCACAGAUAUUUUGUUUUCCUGUACUCGCAGCGAUCUGGAUGACUGUUGGUUUCUAGUUUUGUACAAUGUACAACCGUUCUCAUAUCGUUACCGCGGCGCUCCGAGCUUCGUGUCAUCUUCGGCGCGUGUGUUUCUGUGAACUCCCAGCAUCCCUCACACCUCGUGCUGAAAACCAGGCAGUAAACGCAAGUUCUCCCAAACACACGCCACCCUGAAGGCAACACGCCGCUUUUUUCCUCCGACUGUUUUUAUAUUCGUCCAUCCAGCCGUAAAAAGAUUUCAGUGUGAACAGUUUUAUUAUUUUUCUCCUGCUGUGGAAACUCUUUGAUGUCAUUCCAGUUUGUAUCUCUGGUUUUUAACUGCAUGAGUAAAAGGUGUGUGUUUCUACGGCUCCUUUUUCUUUCCGUUUGUUUUUAGUUUUUCUCUCCUCGUGUAAGAAAAGACGUAGUUGCACUCCCUCAGAGAACUGCAAUAUGACAAUGAUGUUUUUUUUGUUUUUUCUGGAACUUCAGUCGAGCUAAAUCAAACGUUUGAGGCUGUUUUCAGCUGGAAAAAGUGAGUGAAUCGAUCAGAUCGUCGCCCAUAAGCAGACUUUCCACUGUUGUUAUUCCACAGUGUUGUAGUGCAUCAUACUGUGUGAGUACUCGAUGAACUCCUGCUCGUACUUCCUGAGUAUUUAUGUACUUGGAACUGGAAUAAAACCAGUGUAAAGCUUCCUGUUCUCACCUCCUGUAGGUCAUCUUCUGUUCUGUCCAUAUGUAAACUAUUAAUUGUGGCUUAACAUUUUCUAUGCUCCUGACCUUAUUUUUUUUUUUUUUUUUUUUUGAUGCUUUAGCUAGCAAUAUGUAUAUAAAUAUAUUCUAUGUGCUAACAUGGAGGAAAUAAAUGUAUCAACAAGU